AUGAUGGUUUGGUCAGUUUUUUACUCGAUACUUGUAUUGUGGACAGUCAGUGGCCAAGCAAUAGCCUAUCAGAAUGAGUCUGAGCUAGUCCUGGAUUGGAUGUCCGGAUUGAGCGGGCAUUUCGACAACAAGGAGCAGGUCCAGGGUAGAAAUAGAGAACAUGACUUUAUGCAAGUCAGGUUCAUCCCUAUAGAAGUGCAAGCGUUCGGAUCAAAGCGACAGAUGUUCGUGGAGGUAUCGAUCAAUGGCAAGGUUACCACCUUGUAUGUGGCACUGGUUAGCCAAGAUGACAACUCCAAUGAUAUCAUAACAGUGACGCCGUACAACUUCACUAACUCAAAGACAUACAACCCUGGAGAGUUCAAAACUGAAGAGUUAAACAACCUGACCCUCAGCGACUUUAGCACUAAUCCUGAGUGUCAAAUUCUCUUUAUGUCGCUCGGUAAUGGAUCCUUUGCAGGUGUCUGGCCAGACUGCAGAAACAGCAUUAAUCAGCGGCAUCCAUUGUUCACUGUGGUGUUCACUUGCAAUGUCUACAUAUUGACAGUGCCACUAGCGGUUGCAGAGAAGCCAUCCACUGUGCCUUACAUAUUCAUUCGAAGACCAGACAAGUUCCCUUUGGUCAAUCCUCCGGAGGGAUACACGGGCCCCUGUGGGAAGUAA